AUGGCGUUAGGCAUAGCUCUCCGCCCACAGUCGCGAACUGCAGCAGAGGCAAGAAUAGAUCUAGGUCAUUUGGAUAAGAAGCUUCGACAGUGGUGUGGCCUCUUUAUCUUCACCAAGAACUCCAAAAUCUACCUCAUCCAUCAGACAGCAAGAGAGUUUCUUGUCAAAAGGGAAGCUGCUGGCCAACCAUAUUCUACAUACUCGUGCACCAUUGAAGAUACUGAGGACCAGAUGGCGGGUAUCUGUUUACGGUACUUGUCCAUGGAUGGUUUAGAUGAGAAUGACGCCCAGACAUGCUCUGACUUUCAGAGUUUCCUAGCAUAUUCAGCGGUAUAUUGGCCUGAUCACGUUCGAAACAUGUCUUCGACUGCAGAGCGACUGCUUAAGAACCUGCUGCAUCGAUUAUACGACACAACCGCAAACCGAUUUUCGCUUUGGUUUCCCAUAUAUUGGAAAGCAGUAAUGGGAUAUACAUUAACACCUACAAUGAAUGCCAUUCAUUUGGCGGCCUUCAACGGGCAUGAGCAUGUGGUCCGCCAUCUACUUGCUGGCGAUGAACGAAUUGCAAAGACUGCGGAUAGUACGAGAUCUUACCCGUUGAUAUGGGCCUCUCUGAAUGGACACCAGGGAGUCGUGCAUGCAUUGUUAGAGCGGGGGGCCGAUGUCAAUGCUCAGGCUGGAGAGUACGGCAGUGCUCUACAAGCUGCCUGUUCCAGAGGGCACGGCAAGAUUGUGCAAGUGUUGUUAGAGCGCGGAGCCGGUGUCGAUGCUCAGGAUGGAGAGUACGGCAGUGCCCUAUAUGCUGCUUGUUCCGGAGGACACGAUACGAUUGUGCAGGUGUUAUUAGAGCGGGGAGGCGAUGUAAAUGCUCAGAGUGGAUCAUACGGUAAUGCCCUACAAGUCGCUUGUUCCGGAGGAUACGACAAAGUUGUGCAUGUGUUGUUGAAGCGUGGAGCCAAUAUCAAUUCUCAGGAUGGAGAGUACGGUAGUGCCCUAUAUACUGCUUGUUUUAAAGGACACGAUAACAUUGUGCAGGUGUUGUUGGAGCGCGGAGCCGAUAUCAAUGCCCUACAGGCUGCUUGUUCCGGAGGACACGACAAAGUAGUGCAGGUGUUGUUGAAGCGCGGAGCCAAUGUCAAUGCUCAGGAUAGGGAAUACGGCAAUGCCCUACAAGUUGCUUGUGCUAGAGGACACGAGACUAUUGUGCAGGAGUUAUUAGAGUGCGGAGCCAAUGUCAAUGCUCAGGGUAAACACUGCGGCAAUGACCCACUACAGGCUUCUUCUUCUGAAGGACACGACAAGAUUGUGCAGUUGUUAAAGCGCGGAGCCGAUGUCAGUGGUCGCGGUGGAGAGUACGGCAAUGCCCUACAGGCGUUCACUUUUCAGAAUAUUCUCUCCAGAUGGUCGUCCAAAACUAGACUGCGGCCCUUCAAUCCCGCGAGGGUCCUUAGAGACAUCCAAAAACCUUCAGCCGAGCCUAGACAAUUACAGACUAUGACACUCCUGACUCGUGCUUACAAUUAUCGAAAGGUCGCAUAA